AUGCGUCUUUCAUUCAUUCUGGCUGCGACUUUGACGGGCCUGUUGGCCUGUGCAACUGCUUCCGACUCGGAGAAAAUCAUCAGGAUUUCCAAUGAGCAAGUACUCUCGGACCGCCAGUUACUUGACACUGUCGUCAACGACAACGAGAAGCGCUUUCUGAGAGCUUACAAUGAUGCUGAGGACGAUAGUGAAGACCCCAAGAAUGUGAAGAACACCGUUGACGCCAAGCCCGCUGACGAAUCGGAAGACUCUGAACUCAGCGAGGAGGAGCGAUUCUCGCUCAUCCAGAUGUCCAACCAGCCCCGAUACUACUGGUGGUUCCAGCACGAAAUGACCCCUCGCGAUGUUCGCAGGGCGUUGGGUUUGAGGGCGGGCUCGAUCAAGCUGGUUAAGCGCUCGAUCUACAGAGGUUACGUCAAGUACUACAACAAGCAUUGCAGCUACUACGAGAACCGCAAGAAGGAUUUUUGCAAGGCUAAGGAGUAUUAG